AUGUUGGGAAUGAUGCUGGGCAAGGGCUUAGAGUGGGAGGUGCUGUUCAAAGCUUAUUUCUGCUCCCUGCUGACGGCCCUGGGCGUGACGGCGGGCGCGCAUCGCCUCUGGAGCCACCGCUCCUACAAAGCCAAGCUGCCCUUGCGCAUCUUCCUGGCUGCAGCCAACUCCAUGGCUUUCCAGAAUGACAUCUACGAGUGGAGCAGAGACCACCGUGUGCACCACAAGUACUCGGAGACGGACGCGGACCCGCACAACGCCCGGCGCGGCUUCUUCUUCUCGCACAUCGGGUGGCUCUUCGUGCGCAAGCACCGCGACGUCAUCGAGAAGGGCAGGAAACUGGACUUCACCGACCUCCUGGAUGACCCGGUCGUCAGGUUCCAAAGAAAGUACUACAAGAGUUCAGUGGUGCUGAUGUGCUUUGUGAUCCCGACCUUUGUGCCGUGGUACCUCUGGGGGGAGAGCCUGUGGAAUGCCUACUUCCUUGCCUCCAUCCUGCGCUACACCGUGUCCCUCAACGUCACCUGGCUGGUCAACAGCGCCGCUCACAUGUACGGCAACCGCCCCUACGACAAGUACAUCAACCCCAGGCAGAACACCUUUGUCACUCUGGGAGCCAUUGGUGAGGGCUUCCACAACUACCACCACACCUUCCCGUUCGACUACUCGGCCAGUGAGCUGGGCCUGAAGUUCAACCCCACCACGUGGUUCAUUGACUUGAUGUUCUGGUUGGGGCUGGUCACUGACCGCAAGCAGGCUCCCAAGGAGAUGAUCCAGGCUCGCAAGGAGAGGACUGGAGAUGGCAGUGCUUGA